AUGUGGUUCGGUGCUGUUACCGUCUUGUCCGUGCUGCCAUGGCUGGCCUCGGCAGCACCCGUGACUGAUACCAAGCCCAAGAUUGACUAUGAUGCAAUCAUUGUGGGAGGCGGUCCGUCUGGGCUGGCUGCUCUGAGUGCCUUGGCACGUGUUCGUCGCAAUGUCCUGCUGGUAGACUCGGGCGUAUACAGAAACGGCCCUACAAGACACAUGCACGAUGUUUUGGGUUUUGACGGUACGGCUACACACCAUCAAGUAUUUCCGCCGCUUCAGAUGACGGCUUUGCUAACUAAGAGGGGUUCAACAGGUGUUCGACCUGCAUACUAUCGCUGGGCAGCCCGAGAGCAAAUCUCCCAUUAUGACACUGUUUCCAUGACCAACGGAACCGUGACCAACAUCACCGCCCAGGAGAACAACACCUACUUUACCGUAACCGGUACUUACCAGGACAACGAGGAGAAGACUCUGACGGCCCGCAAGGUCGUCCUCGGCACUGGGCUCAAGGACCUCCUCCCCGACACUCCCGGUCUCAUCGAGAACUGGGGCAAAGGAAUCUACUGGUGCCCCUGGUGCGACGGCCACGAGCAUGCGGACCAGUCCAUCGGUCUGCUCGGUCCCCUGACAAGUGUCCCGGGUACGGUUCGCGAAAUCCUCACUCUCAAUAGGGACAUCAUUGCCUUUGUCAAUGGCACCGACACCCCUUCCAACCGUGAAGCCACCGAAAAGGACAAUCCUCGCUGGCAGGAUUACCUGAAUCUACACAAUGUGACGGUUGAGAACCGCACUAUUGCCUCAAUAGAGCGCCUGAAGAAUGGCUCCAACCCCAAUGCCGACCCCAGCCUGCCUUCGUACCCGGAGUACGAUCUGUUCCGUGUCCACUUCACCGACGGGGACUCCGUCACCCGGGCCGCCUUCCUAACCAGCUUCAAGCACAAGCAAUACUCAAACGUCGGAGAGGAAGCCGGCGUUGUAUUGUACGGCGAGAAGCUAGGCGUCGACCCUACAAAGGGUCUUGUCACCAACGUUCCUGGAAUCUACGCCAUUGGCGACUGCAACUCAGACAAUUCGACCAAUGUACCGCAUGCGUUGUACAGCGGGAAGCGGACCGCCGUCUUUUUACAUGGUGAGCAUGCCCUCCCUCCUCUGCAGAAAUUCGGAAGGAAGGAAAAUUACUAA